AACGCUGACCAUACGUUUUUAGCUAACUAAUGAUAUCGACGGCUCCAAGAGAAUUUAUUAAAUAAACGUAAUAAAAGUGAUUUAAACCAUAUAAAAAUAUUGAUAAAGUGCGCAUAAAUGAACAAUAUAGCAAUUAAUCAAUAAUUCAACGCUGAAAAUACGCAAAAAGUACGCAAAUUUUGCCACUGAAAAGUAGCAACGAAAAUACAAAAAAAAUUUUCGCUUGCCUCGCGUCGUCUACAGCAUAGUUUAGCAUUGGUAUUGGUGAGCAGGCAGGCAGGCCCACACACAUAUAAAGCGUGCGUGUGCGAGAGCGUAAAAGGUGCUCCGCUGGCAGUGAGCAUCGCGAGCAGCGAGUUUUUUGUGUGUUUGGUUCCAGUGUGUACAUGCCAUAUGAAAAUCGAGGAAAGCAAAGGACCAACUAGAGCUUUUUAUUGAGUUAUGAGUGUCGCUGCAAUGACUAUGGACGAUCAGAGACCCUUGAUGAACAGUUACGAUAAAAUGUCUACAAAAUAUGAUCAAAAUUUGCACAUGAUCAGCAACAAUAGCAGCAAUAGCAACAGCAACAGUAACAGCAACAGCAACAGCAAUAGCGGCACCGGCGGCGUGGCUGCUGGUGGUGUUGGUGGGGGUAGCGCUGGUGUUGGCGCAGUUAAUAAUAUGGGCCCGUCUGGCCCGGCAUCGCCGACGCCGUCUGGCUUCGAAGAGUUGCCAACGUCGCAGCAGCAACAGCAGCAGCAGCCGCAUCAUCAUCAUCACCAUCAUCAUCAUCAUCAUACGACAUCAACGCAAGCGCAACAAACACAGGAGCAACAGCAACAGCAACAGCAGCAACAACAGCAUCGACACCACCAUCACCCACAACCAGAACAGCAACAACAACAACAACAACCGCAGCAGCAACAGCAGCAACAACAACAACAACAACAUGAUGCCGCUGUUGCCGAAGCUGCCGCCGCAGCAGAACAGCGUCGUUUGCUCGAAGAUGAAAUCGAGAGCCUCAAGUUGGAGCAGACGCGUCUGGGACUGCAAUGCGCCGACGCACAGCGACGCGAAAAGAUUCUCAUGCGGCGUCUGGCCAACAAAGAGCAAGAGUUUCAGGAUUAUGUGAGUCAAAUUGCGGAGUACAAGGCACAGCAGGCGCCCACAGCCUUAGCCUUGCGCACGGCUCUACUCGAUCCGGCUGUAAAUUUGCUCUUUGAGCGUCUCAAAAAGGAGCUAAAAGCCACCAAGGCUAAGCUGGAGGAGACGCAAAAUGAACUUUCCGCUUGGAAAUUUACGCCGGACUCAAAUACGGGUAAACGCCUCAUGGCCAAGUGCCGUCUAUUGUAUCAGGAAAACGAAGAGCUGGGCAAGAUGACAUCCAAUGGGCGACUAGCAAAGCUAGAGACUGAAUUGGCAAUGCAAAAAAGCUUUAGCGAGGAGGUCAAGAAAUCUCAGUCAGAGCUCGAUGACUUUCUGCAGGAGAUCGAUGAGGAUGUGGAGGGCAUGCAAAGCACUAUAUUGUUUUUGCAGCAAGAAUUAAAGACAACGCGUGAUCGCAUACAGACGCUAGAAAAGGAAAAUACGCAACUUCGACAGGCCAGCAGUGGCAACAGUCCAAAGGAGAGCAUUGACAAUGCGACAACAACACCGACGCCAGCCACAAAUGGGCAAAGCAGCAACAACAACCCGUUUCAACAGUCCAUCAGCAGCAGUAGCAGCGGCCCCAAAUUGGAGACCAUUGAAGAGAAUGCCUGCCUGGAGACAACAGUUAGCACAGCAAUAACAACAACACACCCUGCUGAUUAUUUUAACGGAAACAACAACAACAACAACGAACAACAGACUGUGGCCCCAGAGCUCAUCAUGCCAGCCGACGAAGGCAGCAAUAGCAAUGGCAGCAAAAAUGGAGCAGCCGCUGCGCGUUUGGCGCGCAAACGCAACUACGAAGAGGAGAGCGCCACGUUAACGUGCGUACAGGAGACGGCUACGGUGCCCGUCAUGCGUGAGGUUAGUGCUCCACGUACGCUACCACCGAAAAAGUCGAAGCUGCGCGGCAUAUCCACGCGACGCAGCUCACAGCUGGAGGGCGAGCAGAGUCUUGGUCUGAUCACACCGACGCCCCUGGUACUGGACAAUGCGGUAGCUGGCAUGGCCAGCGAGGAAUUCGCAGCAGCUAUGACGGCUGCAAAUGUUUUGGAUCCACCGGUUCCACUCAUUGCGGAGGCCAUCACCGAAGGCACACCAGCAGGACCAGCACGCAUUCUGACGCGACGUCGCUCCGUGCGCAUGCAACAAAACGGCGGCAGCAGCAUUGACUACUGAGGCAGCAGCAGAAGCAGCGGCAAUGGACUUUUAAAAGGAGCGUGCUAAUAUUGCAAAUUCUGGUAGCAGAUGAUUAAAUUUAGAUGACUUUGUCAGGUCGCUAUAUCUGCUAAUGCCUAAUACUAAUUCGUUAAUUUUUUACGUUUACUUUGUGAAUUGAGAUUCAAGCGAGACUUGCGGUUAAUCUAUAUAUCUGAUUAUAUAUACAUAAUUAUUAUUUUUUUUUUCUCCAUUUUAUACAUUUGUACUGUACAAUACGUUUGUAGUUCUGUUUUUGCACACGCAUGCAACAUACUUAUAUACAACACACUAAUUAUCCUUAGUAGAAGUCACUGAUAUACAUAAAUACAUACAAGACAUAUGUAUGCAUAUAUAAAUGUAGUAUAUACAACUAUAUAAUAUUUUAACAAUUAUGAACGCUACAAAUUAUCUGCGUGAGAUAACAAAAUUUCAUCCACAAUUACAUAAUAGAAUUUAUACAUAUUUUAAAUGGCAGUUGAAAAGCUAAAAAAGAUCGAACCCUAAAUCGUCGUCUAGCUAAAUUAGUUUUUAAUUUUAAAAUUAAGUCAUUUUUUAUAAUACGAAAAAAGUUGUGUAAAAUAAUAUAACCUAUGUUAAAAUAAAUUGUUAAGCGUAA